AGGACUGGUGCAGCCCUCCCAGGCAGGUGUAGGGUUGACUGCAGCAACAGCGGCCCUGACCCCCGCUCCCAUGGCUCCCCUCCCCCCCGCACUCCCACCCCCCGCACCCGGCACACACCAUCUCCCAGUCGCCCAGGCUCGACCGGUUCUCGCGAGAUCCGGGUUACUGAGCGCUCGGGGCCUUUUCAAAUCGGGAUCCGUUACCGCUUCCCCGGCAGCCGCCAUUGUCGCGCUCGGAGCCCCUCAGCUCAGGCGGCCGAGGCGGAGGCAGCGGCGGCAGGAUGGCGGACGCCAACAAGGCCGAGGUGCCCGGGGCCACUGGUGGCGACAGCCCGCACCUGCAGCCCGCGGAGCCGCCGGGCGAGCAGCGGCGAGAGCCGCACCCCCCGGAGGCGGAGAAGCAGCAGCCGCAGCACAGCAGCAGCUCCAAUGGCGUUAAAAUGGAGAAUGAUGAGUCAGCGAAAGAAGAGAAAUCUGACUUAAAGGAAAAAUCUACAGGAAGUAAGAAGGCCAAUAGAUUUCAUCCGUAUUCAAAAGACAAGAAUUCGAGCACUGGAGAAAAGAAGGGUCCAAAUCGUAACAGAGUUUUCAUUAGCAACAUCCCAUAUGACAUGAAAUGGCAAGCUAUUAAAGAUCUAAUGAGAGAGAAAGUUGGUGAGGUUACAUACGUGGAGCUCUUUAAGGAUGCGGAAGGAAAAUCAAGGGGUUGUGGUGUGGUUGAAUUCAAAGAUGAAGAAUUUGUAAAGAAAGCCCUAGAAACUAUGAACAAAUAUGAUCUUAGUGGAAGACCCCUAAAUAUUAAAGAGGAUCCUGAUGGAGAAAAUGCUCGUAGGGCAUUGCAGCGAACAGGAGGAUCAUUUCCAGGAGGACAUGUCCCUGAUAUGGGAUCAGGGUUGAUGAAUUUACCACCUUCCAUUCUCAAUAAUCCAAACAUUCCUCCUGAAGUCAUCAGUAAUUUGCAGGCCGGUAGACUUGGUUCCACAAUUUUUGUUGCCAAUCUUGACUUCAAAGUUGGUUGGAAGAAGCUAAAGGAAGUGUUCAGCAUAGCUGGAACUGUGAAGCGGGCAGAUAUUAAAGAAGACAAAGACGGCAAGAGCAGAGGAAUGGGCACUGUCACUUUUGAGCAAGCAAUUGAAGCAGUUCAAGCAAUUUCUAUGUUCAAUGGGCAGUUUUUAUUUGAUAGACCUAUGCAUGUGAAAAUGGAUGACAAGUCUGUUCCUCAUGAAGAGUACCGUUCACAUGAUAGUAAAACACCACAAUUACCACGUGGUCUUGGAGGCAUUGGGAUGGGACUUGGUCCGGGUGGACAGCCUAUUAGUGCCAGCCAGUUGAACAUAGGUGGAGUAAUGGGAAAUUUAGGUCCAGGUGGUAUGGGAAUGGAUGGUCCAGGUUUUGGAGGAAUGAAUAGAAUUGGAGGAGGAAUAGGGUUUGGUGGUCUGGAAGCGAUGAAUAGCAUGGGAGGAUUUGGAGGAGUUGGCCGAAUGGGAGAGUUGUACCGUGGUGCCAUGACUAGUAGCAUGGAGCGAGAUUUUGGACGUGGUGAUAUUGGAAUAAAUCGAGGCUUUGGAGAUUCCUUUGGUAGACUUGGCAGUGCAAUGAUUGGAGGGUUUGCAGGAAGAAUAGGAGCUUCUAACAUGGGUCCAGUAGGAUCUGGAAUAAGUGGUGGAAUGGGUGGCAUGAACAGUGUGACUGGAGGAAUGGGGAUGGGACUGGACCGGAUGAGUUCCAGCUUUGAUAGAAUGGGACCAGGUAUAGGAGCUAUACUGGAAAGGAGCAUCGAUAUGGAUCGAGGAUUUUUAUCGGGUCCAAUGGGAAGCGGAAUGAGAGAGAGAAUAGGCUCCAAAGGCAACCAGAUAUUUGUCAGAAAUCUACCUUUUGACUUGACUUGGCAGAAACUAAAAGAGAAAUUCAGUCAGUGUGGUCAUGUAAUGUUUGCAGAAAUAAAAAUGGAGAAUGGAAAGUCAAAAGGCUGUGGAACAGUCAGAUUUGACUCCCCAGAAUCAGCUGAAAAAGCCUGCAGAAUAAUGAAUGGCAUAAAAAUCAGUGGCAGAGAAAUUGAUGUCCGCUUGGAUCGUAAUGCAUAAUUUCAAGCCAUGGUUGGAACAUUCCUACAUCUGUUUUGCUGAAUCUCCUAGUAAAAGUCAUUUUUUUUUUAAGUAAUAUUGUAUGCUUACAAAAGCUGUAAAAAUGAACUUUUAAAACUCCCACCAGCUUUUAACAGUAUAAUGUUAAAAAUAUACUGUAAUUUUUGUUAAUCUCAAGUUUGGGUUUUUAAAGACAGCAAGUCUGGUCAUUCAGUUUAAAUGAAUGGUUAUACUGUUUUUAAUGAAAUAAGCCAUUUUCUUGUUGUUUUCAGUACUACAUAGUUGGAUUUGUUUGUUCUAGUUUCUCCAGUUUUUGUCAACUUAUUGUAUGGUAAAACAGAUUUUUUGCCCCCCAAAACUUCUGUUUUGUAAUAUGUAAUUCUUCAUGAAAAGAAAGGGCUCAGAAAAAUUAGGAUAUGAUUUUGGUUGGUUUUAAAUUACUGUAAGUUUUAGAUUCUAAGGUUCAGGAUUUUAAAAAUUUGAUUUAAAUGAAGAAAUUGAUUUUUCUCUCUGCCCCUCCCUGCCAUUCAUUUUUUCUGCAUAACACUGUUAAUAAUAUCAACCUCCACAGCCCCUUAUUUUAUUAUUUCCAAUAAUUCCAAGUUCAUAUAGAACUGAUAAUGUAGCAAGCCCCAAGUAUGAUAAUAGGCAGACUAUUCCCAACUUUCUGUCUAGUUUCCAGCCAUUGAAGUGAACUGCUAAAAAAAGAAAAAUAAUUGAAACGUUGAGAGAGAUGGUUGUGUAAGUUAGUCCUCUGCUGUUUACUUCUAUAGGAGCUGAUCCAUUUAUAAAUGCAGUUUUAAUAAACCAUGGAAUACCAAGGCACAACAUAUCAAACACAUUGGAUCCCACGAUGUUAGACAUAGCCAUAUCUCCUUUCCCUACAAAAGAAAAGCAUAUUGUUAAAAUGUGCUUACCAAUGCUGUAUUUUAUUAAUCUUCAUAAGAAAAGAAACACUGGAUACUUUUUUGUUGUUGAUUCAUUUUGGAAAAUUGUUAGAGCAAAAGUCUUACUGAAUUUGUAUUUUUAAAUUUUUCUUGGGUUAGUAUUUAAAGUCUUAACAUUUAUUUAAUUAUAUUUAUUAAACCAUUUUUCAAUAAGGUAUCUAGCUUACUUGUUGCUUUUCAUUGUAAUUUAACAUGGUCAAUUACUAUUUAAUGCACAUUUCAAAUGAAUAUUAUUUGGGGGAUUAGAUUGUGUGAAAUUAACCUGCUAUUAAAUAGUAAACUCUUCCUCUUGAGUCACUUUUUUUUUCCCCUUCAAAGUAUGUUACUGAGGAAGUAAACUGUUUUUUUUUUUUUGAGACUGAGUCUUGCUCUGUUGCCCAGGCUGGAGUGCCGUGGCGCGAUCUUGGCUCACUGCAACCUCCGCCUCCUGGAUUCAAACAAUUCUCUUGCCUCAGCCUCCUGAGUAGCUGGGAUUACAGGCACAUGCCACCAUGCCGGGCUAAUUUUUUAAUUUUUAAUAGAGAUGGGGUUUCACCAUGUUGGUCAGGCUGGUCUCAAACUCCUGACCUUGUGAUCCACCCGCCUCGGCCUCCCAAAGUGUUGGGAUUACAGGCGUGAGCCACCACACCUGGCCGGAAGUAAACAUUUUUAAAGCUACUUUUACUCAUUCUAGCCAUGUAGAAUGACCAUUGCAGCUUGAGGGACUUAGUUCUUACCUUUUCUUGCGACCAACACGCUUGUAAUUGUGUCUGGUAUGCUUGUUCCUGCUGCUAAUAAAGUAAGGCCCAUUACUGUAUCUGGAAUUUCUAGUGUUUCCCCUGUAAUAAACAGAUACUUCAGGUUACAAAUCUUAAAGAGUCACUAACCAUCUUUUGCAGUUAUUUUGGGUAUUUCCUUCCUGAACAAAAAUAAAAUAGGCAGAUUUAGAAUUCAGAGCCAAUAUGUGCUUGCUUAGUUUUUUAGCUAGCAACAUAUUUGAAUCAGGCUGGUAAUUUGGGUAACCCAGGUAGCACAGAUUUUUAAUGACAUAUCUAAAGAUGUGUGUAACAGCCAAAAUUCUGCCAAUGAGAAAUUUUCCUGUUUGAUAUUCUUACGGAAGAUGUUUAUGUCCACCAUUAUCUCAUCAGGGCUGUGCUGAAUAUUUGCUAAUGAGAGUGAUCAUUCCUGUUUUUCUUUCUUAAAAAUUUUUAUUAAAUUAGAGUUAAGCAAAUUAAUUAUAGCUAUCUUUAAGCUAUAAAUGUGUUAACAUGUAUAUAUAUCAUUUAUUACAUUCUACUUUAGUGAUAUACCUUAAUUUAGUGGGCUUUGGCAGGGUGGGGAGGGGGAACAUUCAUUAAUCUCUCAGGAAAACAAAACCUGUUUGUUUUCUACUUGAGUCUAACAUAUGGUCCCAAUUUAUUAAUACUUCUGUUAAAUUUGAUGUCAGGUCAACAUUGAUCAGAAAUGCAUUUAUUCUCAGAAACAGAACCAGAGAGAAGUUAAAAAAAGUUAAAACACAUGUAACUGUUCUUUUAAUGUUGUAAUUGAAAACUUGGUUUAGCAUCUUUUUUUCUUUUUCUUAAAAUGCCAAUUAAAAUAACUUAAUUAGAAAGUAGCUUAUUUAUUGCAUGCUUACAUACUGAUACUGGAAUUGGAAUUGGUUAAUUUCUAUUACUGGCUUUGCUAGAAUUCAUACGUGCAUAAAUAACACUAAUAUUUAUAAUCUUGGGGGGCUGUUCUGUGAUCUAUUACAUGAUUUUUGCUCUCUUUUUAUUUUCCUAAUAUCAAGUGUGUUCUGGCUGAGUGAAUUUGGAUAGAUAUAAUAUGCAAGCUAAUUGGACUUUUUCAUUUUUCUCAUUAAAAAAGGAAGAAAUAAUCUGCUUUUUGCUGGCAUACUAUUCUAAGACUUACACUAAUUUGGGAAAAGUCAAGGGUCAACAAAUUUUUGUGUCUGUGAGGGGCCAGAUAUUAAUUAUUUAGGCUUUGCAGGCUGUAUGAUUUCUAUUGCAGUUACUCAGCUUUGCAAAUGUAGUGUGAAAGCAAUCAUAGAUAAUAUGUAAAACCUUACUAAUAAAAACAAGCUGGGUUAUUUUGGCACACAGGCAGUAGUUUGUUCACCUCUACUAUAAGUUAAUUUGGGUUAACCUUUGUAGGAGAAAUUACAGAUUAUUUUUGUCUUUGUUUAUAGUUUUUUUGUUUAGAGACUAUAGUGGAUUAUGGCCAAGCAGCAGUAGUUAGUUAAGUCUUAAUCAUGAAGGUGGUAGAAACCUAGAAUAAAACUUUUAUACCCUUUUCACUGAUUUCAUAGUAUGUUUGUAGUGCCAUGUUGAAAAGUCAAAUAAAAUAUAAUCCGGUUAAGCAGUGAGCACCCAUUGUUUUCCCAAAAAUAGAGCUCCUGGCUUUUUUUUUUUUUUUUUUUUCAUUAUGGAAUGGAAUUCAAUAUAAAGAGUAUUGUGGAUCCCAUGGAAUGUGAUUAAAUUAUUAACAUAAUAAAAAGACAUCCUAUGAA